AUGGCAGAUCGAAAUGAGUGUGUAGAGCAGUUUAUUAACAGAAUGUAUGGCGUCGAGAGAGAGCAGCCUAUUGAGAAGCUUAUUCUUUCGCUAGACACGCUUCCCUCCAUGCUAAAUAUUCCAAUUCGAAGCUCUGAUGUUCUCUACGAAGUAAAAAGAAAGAUGUAUGACUAUAGGAGGGUGCGCGUGAGCAAAAGAAUAAUGAAGAAAUUAAUUGAGGUAAUAAUUGAUGCUGCUAAAAGCAAUAAGGUGAAUAUGUGCGAUUUAGAAAAUACAUUUAAAGAGGCUCCGCAGUAUGACUUAGAUACUAGCAACACAAUAAUACUACCAGAAGCGCUUGAUGAAACCCAGUAUGAAUUUAAAAGCAUUCUGGAGGACGUAGCAGAGGGCGCUAAUAAUCUUGCCGAAAAGACACAGAACUCGCUUGACAUAAACAUAGGACUAACUGACAAAUUUAUCAUCAAUCGAAAGAACGAAAGACAGAAAAGAUUAGAUGAGUUUAAAGAGAUAAAGGACUCUCGAAGCACAAACAUUUUGCCCCGCAAGGAUGCUCUAUACAGCUGGAAAACCAUGCCGCACACACAGCCUGCCCGAUCAAAUGACAAGUGCCAUGAAAUUCUCUCUCGGAUAAAUGAUAUAAUAGAAAAGAAUGAAAGCCCCAAUGCAAACAGAACAAAUGACACGAUUGAGUUUACAACGGAUAGAGUGAAAAAGCUUGAAACAUAUGAGACCCAGUUCAAUCAGAAGAUGCUAACUCUUUUAAGCGAGCUGUCUGAGAAGCUGGCAAAGCCUAUAGACUUGGCAGGCACUGUGCAAAGUGAAGGCAGUGUGGGCGUGCAUGCAGAGAAAAAGAAGGAUGCUUGCGAUGGAAAGGAGGAGCCUUCUAUAAAAGACGCACCUUGCGCGAGGGUAAACCCUGCAGAGCUGUUCUUUUACAAGGAUUUAGUUAAAUACGUUGGCAUUGGAGUGGCCACUGGCGUUGGCAUUGGAGCAUUUAUUAUGGCAAAGCUCUGCAGCAGCACUAUGCCUUACUAG